UCAAAAAUAUUACACAGCAAAAAUAGCCUCGAAUAGAGUGCUGUUUAUUUUCGAAACAGAAACAACAUCGACAACAAAACCAGGAGUACGACGAGUACGAGUCCGUGUUCAAUAAAAGUGCCACAAAUCCAAAUAGAACGGCCAACAGGCCAAGACUUGUCAGUGCUCGACGGUUUGAUAUCUGUUGCGGCAGUGUUCCAGUGUUGCAGCAGCAUCUCUAUGGCCUAAAACACCCUGCUAAUGGGUAGGGGAUAGCCGCAGACCAAAGCGAAAGCGCAUAUUCCAACAGCUGCAGAAAUUGAAAAGAAAUAAAAGUGUGAACUGCAAGCCAAACACUCGUUCGUGCAUUUUCCCCCAUGCUAGUAGAUGUACCUACUCGUGUGUCCUACAGAGCAGAGUCCAAUAAGCGGAUUGGCGGGGAGCUCUGUGCUACGAUGCGAUACAGUGAGUGCUCAGAGGUCAACCAUGUCAAUGAUUAGGUGGCAGUCGCAUAUGCCAGCACAGGUACGGUUCACUGACUAUCAUGGGAGUACUUACUGGUACGCUUUUUACUGUUUAAAGAUUAUCUGUUACUACUAUUGUUUUUGGUUGGGUUUCCCUUCCCGAAUUUAGUCAACGAAUUCCUAAACUAGUGGCCAGUGCCGCUCCCGCUAUGCUCUCUCUUUUUGGAUCUUAUUUGGCCUAGUACAACUGCAAGCUUCCUUCCUCGCUCUCUCAUUAAAUACGGCAUCAAAGCACUCUCAGUAGUUCUGAGGGUAAAAUAGAACCCGAAAGAGCGUUAGCGGACCACCUCGUACAAUUUCAUCAUGAGUCUGAGCUACUCUAGCGCUCUCCUUCUAUCGCUCUUGUUCUUUCUCUCACUUGCAUUUCAGCAGUCCUCUUCGUAGGCAUCAGGGUCACAUCGUUGUCCAUCGGUCGCUCACACAUAACAACAUACUUACAACCAACAUACAUAUGUAUGCAUACGACGGUACCACUUCAGUGGAAAAGUGGAAAAGCUCAUUUGCUGUACAUUUUCAAUUAGCCUUUUCUGAACUCCCAAGCCCAUUUGGCUGGAACGACGCGAUAAUAAUAACAAUCAUGUUAUUAUCUUAACAGUAGAUAAGAGUUUGGAUUCGAUGCCAAUUGUGGAAUUGAGGGAAAUUGCCCCGGAUUAAAUAUAGUUAUUGUUGAGACAUCAUUCACAUACGAUGUGCUCUAAGCGGAAUAGUAUACUUUCGCUCCUUGUGAUACUGCAUUUGGUGCUGGAAAGCACUUCCAAGUUGGAGUUCACCAAUGUCAAAUGCACUUCUCUGGAUGAGAAUUUUACCAAAUUCGAAUAUUGCUAUCUGAAGUCGAUUAAUCGCACGUACAAGUAUCUCUCCCUCAGGGCCAAUUUAUUGAAUACUCCUGUUACCAAAAUCAAGUUAAACUUUUCACUGUUCAAACGCUUCAGUGGCUAUAGGCCAUUUUUAUAUAAUAUGACAGUGGACUCGUGCCGGUUUCUGGCGAAUACCAAAUCUUACCCCAUCCCCGCCUUUUUCUACGGUCUGUUUAGCAACUUCUCCAAUAUGAACCAUACCUGUCCCUACGAUCAUGAUCUGAUAAUCGAUAAACUAUCCAUCGCUUCUGUGAAUCAUCAACUCACAAAAGUUCUGCCGUUUCCGGAGGGUGACUAUCUCGUGGAAACAACCUGGCUUGCCUACGAUAUUAUCCGUGCUUCAAUAAAAUUCUAUGCCACUCUAUCCUGAAUUGCCUGAGCCUGUAAUUUUAAUAAAAUCUCCUUUUAUUUCCUUA